AUGGCAAACUUGUAUAUUCCUUGGAUUUUCUUAGUUCAAACACUAACACUAUUUGCCAAAUGCAGAGGUAAAGUUCCAGCAGUCAUAGUGUUUGGAGAUUCUUCCGUUGACUCAGGUAACAACAACUUCAUUCCAACAAUUGCCAGGAGCAACUUUCAGCCUUAUGGUCAAGAUUUUCCGGGAGGCCAAGCCACGGGGCGGUUCUGCAACGGCCGAAUUCCUUCUGACCUCAUCUCUGAUGGUCUAGGCCUUAAGCCAACCAUACCUGCCUACUUGGAUCCAAUGUAUAACAUAUCAGAUUUUGCUACUGGUGUUUGCUUUGCUUCUGCAGGAACCGGCUAUGAUAAUAAAACUUCUGAUGUUGCUCGUGUGAUUCCACUGUGGAAGGAAGUAGAAUACUACGAGGAAUACCAGAAGAAAUUAAAAGCCUAUCUUGGAAAUAAGAAGGCAAAAACAUUACUAAGUGAGGCUUUAUAUUUGAUUAGCAUAGGAACAAAUGACUUCCUUGAAAACUACUAUACAUUACCGGACCGACAAUCCCAGUUCACCAUGAAGCAGUACGAGAACUUCCUGAUCAAUCUUGCAGCAAAUUUUGUGAAGAAACUAUAUGUUCUUGGGGCUCGGAGGAUGUCCCUAGCAGGGCUUCCUCCAAUGGGGUGUUUGCCAUUGGAAAGGACCACAAAUAUCAUGGGACUGCAUGGAUGUGUGGAUGAACGCAACAAUGUGGCUUUGGAGUUUAAUCGGAAGUUGAAGGGGAUGGUGGCAAAGCUAAACAAGCAGCUUCCAGGGCUUGAGGCCGUAUAUGGAGAUGAUUGGAGGAAGCAAGAGUGGGAUGCUGUGGCACGGGUAGAUUUGAGAUGA